UCGGGAAAGAAGAUUAUUGAUGAUCUGGUAGUCGUAGGAAUUUAAUCGUAAGAUUCUUGGAUAUACUCAGUCCAUCUUACACCUGAUAGUUGAGUAGGGAUCAGCUCAUUGUUUAUUGUUCGUCUUCCUAAGAUUAUGUAUCGAUUUUCUUGAUCGGCUUGACUUUCUAUUACCCAAGAUAUUUGACGAAAUACAAGUCAUUCCUCUCGUAGCAGAUAUCUGCAAACCCACCUACAACAUCUCAUCUCAAUUCUCUCACAUCCACCUAAACCCACCACAAUGUCAAAACCAUACAGCCUAGAAUCUGCCAACGAAGAAAGACGACGCGUCUACCACGAAGCAGAUGUAGUAGUAGUCGGAGCUGGUAUAUUCGGGUGCGCCAUCUCCUACGCACUCGCCCAACAAGGUCGCAGUGUACUCCUCCUCGAACGCUGGCUCAAGGAACCGGACCGCAUAGUUGGGGAACUUCUCCAACCAGGCGGCGUAUCGGCUCUGGAGAAGUUGGGCUUGGCACAUUGUUUAGAAGGCAUCGAUUCGGUGGUUGUAAAGGGAUAUGAGGUUAUAUAUCAUGGAACACCAGUUUCCAUCCCGUAUCCUAUCAAUGCGGGUAAGGCGCAAGAAGGGGGUUUUAUGGAUGCGAAAAAUGAAAAGAGCAAGAGGCCUGAGGGAAGAAGUUUUCAUCAUGGGAGAUUUAUUUCACAAUUGCGUAAAGCUUGUGCUGGCCAUCCUAAUAUCACAAUUGUCGAAACAGAAGUCACGGAAACGAUAACGGGUGGUCAUAACGAAAGUCAAGUUCUCGGAGUACACUCACAAACUACGAAUCCAUCAACAGGCGAAAAGAAGGCAGAUUGUUAUUUUGGACACCUCACUAUAAUCGCGGAUGGAUAUGCCUCGAAAUUCCGCAAGCAAUACAUCAACAAAACCCCCAUAGUCAAAAGUAAAUUCUACGCUCUAGAAUUAAUAGACUGUCCCAUGCCAGCCCCAAACCAUGGAAUCGUGGUCCUCUCCGACAUCUCUCCAGUCCUCCUCUACCAAAUUGGCACUCACGAAACCCGUGCUCUCAUCGACGUCCCAAAUAAUAUUCCCUCUGCGGCCCCCGCUGCAGGCGGCGUACGAAAUUACAUUCACAAUACCGUUCUCCCGAUCCUACCUCCACAAGUACAACCUUGUUUCCUCAAAGCCCUCGAAGAUGGAAAAAUUCCCCGCAGCAUGCCAAAUAGUUUCCUGCCUCCCACAACCCAAACUAAAAAAGGAGUUCUCCUCCUUGGUGACGCAAUGAACAUGCGACAUCCCCUAACAGGAGGUGGAAUGACGGUAGCCUUCAACGAUGUGGUCCUUCUCUCUUCUCUCCUUGAUCCCUCCAAAAUCUCAAAUCUAAACGACACAGCCGCCAUAAGUAAAGCUAUGAAAGAAUUCCAUUGGCGACGCAAAAAUCUCUCUUCAAUAAUAAAUAUCCUAGCUCAAGCACUCUAUGCACUCUUCGCAGCAGAUGAUCCUCAAUUAAAAGCCUUACAAAAAGGUUGUUUCUAUUAUUUCCACAAAGGAGGAAAUUGUAUAGAAGGACCUGCAGGAUUAUUGGCUGGAAUCAUUAGACAACCAUUAGUUUUGAUAUAUCAUUUUUUCGCAGUAGCGGUAUUAUCGAUUCAAAUUUUGAUGGGAGAGAUUAUGGGGGGAUUGAGUGGAAUAUGGAAAGCACCGUGGGCAUUAGAACAGAGUGUAGAAGUUUUUUGGAAAGCGUGUAUAGUUAUUUUUCCAUUUAUUUGGAGUGAGAUGAGGAGUUAGUGGUGAGGAGAUUCUUGAGCCGAUAGAAGUGAUGAAGUCAUUAAGCGGUAGGGAAAGGGGAAAUAGUAUAAUGUUUGAUGAGAUGAAAGAGAUGAUGGAUGAAUGGUAAUGGUGUAUAAUGACGAGAGAGAGAUGUAUAGAUGAUAGAUGAUAUCCUUAAUAUAAUAAAAGUCUUUUAUGACUUUUUAUUAUAUUUCUUCUAGACGAGUAUUAUUAAUAAAUGUAAAAUGAGGUAAAGAAA